AUGUCUUUCCAGGCACCGCAGUCUACUACCUCCUGGCGUCCCAUCCAGAAGCAAGACUCUCGCAAAGGCAUUACAGGACUCGGACUCUCUGCUCCAUCGAUGGGUGGCUUCUUCGAUAACGAUCGUACCCUCCCUAUGUACAAAGAUAAACCUUUCGCGCCACGACGCACGGCACCUCGACGAUGGAGAAAACCAUUAGGUAUACUGGGUAUCUUUAUCUUGGUAUUGCUGUGGUAUUUCUAUUAUAGUCCAGGCCUACCAGCGUGGAAAGGUGCAGAUUCGUCGGAUAAGGGCCAUGAACUCUGGAAAUGGGUCCAGAGCUUAGAGAGUGCGCCUGCAAAGGGGCCCGCAGAUUGGGAUGCGCGCCGGGAGAAAGUCCGAGAUGCAUUUAUUGUCAGUUGGGAAGGAUAUGAGAAGGAAGCAUGGGGCUACGACGAGUAUCACCCUGUGUCUGGCGGGAACAGGAAUAUGGUGAAGGGAGGCAUGGGCUGGAUCAUCGUUGACUCUUUGGAUACCAUGAUUCUCAUGAAUCUGACGUCCCAAGUUCGACAUGCGCGCCAGUGGAUCUCAACUUCGCUGCAGUACAACCAGGACCAUGAUGUGAGCACUUUUGAAACCACUAUUCGUAUGCUGGGUGGUCUGCUCUCUGCGAAUUAUCUCUCCGCCAAGUACCCAACCCUCGCUCCCCUCACGGAUGACGAUGUUGGGGAGGCUGGAGAGGACUUGUACAUUGAAAAGGCUACUGAUCUCGCAGAUCGCCUGCUUGGAGCCUUUGAAUCGCCUACCGGUAUUCCAUAUGCGAGCGUGAAUUUGAACAAGUCCGAGGGUCUACAAUCACACAGCGACGGUGGUGCUUCAUCGACGGCGGAGGCAACUUCACUACAGCUCGAAUUCAAAUACUUGGCCAAGCUGACCGGCGAGCCUGAAUAUUGGAAUGUUGUUGAGAAGGUGAUGGAGGUUACCGAUGAUCAAAAACCUCAGGAUGGCCUUGUGCCCAUCUACAUCAAUCCCAAGGAAGGGACUUUCCACGGCAAUAAUAUUCGCCUCGGUAGCAGGGGCGACUCAUAUUACGAAUACCUGAUCAAGCAGUAUUUGCAGACAUCCGAACAAGAGCCUAUAUACAAGGAGAUGUGGGAUGAGUCUUUGAAAGGAAUUCGCAAACAUCUCCUCGCUUUCUCCAAGAAUGCGCAACUACUGGUUUUAGGCGAGCGUCCUUCGGGCUUGGAAGGCUCACUGUCACCAAAGAUGGACCACCUAGUCUGCUUCAUGCCUGGCACUAUUGCGCUCGGUGCGACAGGAGGCAAGACCCUUUCCGAAGCCAGAAAUUCACCCAGUUGGUCGCAGCAACGCGAAGAAGAGAUUCUUAUAUCCAAGGAGCUGAUGAAGACCUGCUGGGCAACUUACAAAACGAACCCAACAGGACUUGCCGGCGAGAUCUCGCAUUUCAUCCUCGAUAGUCCCCCGGUGAUGAUGGCAGACAAAACCAUGGCGCAAAGAUAUCGAAAUCCACCGAAUGGACCGUCACAACCUCCUCGUCCGGAAACCAUUGAAUCCAUCUUCUACAUGUACCGCAUCACUGGCGACGAAAUGUAUCGUGAAUGGGGCUGGGAGAUGUUCAAGUCCUUUGUUCAGCAUACCUCCGUCGUCGAAGAGAAACAAUCGGAGCUCUCGCCCGGUGACGUCGGCACCAUCAGCCGCAUCAAGGGUUUCACGUCGCUCGAAGACGCACUUACCAUCCCUGCAAAGAAGCGCGACAACAUGGAGAGUUUCUGGAUGGCCGAAACGCUGAAAUACUUCUACCUACUAUUCUCAGAUCGGGAGUUCAUCUCCUUGGAAGAGCAUGUGUUCAAUACUGAGGCACAUCCGUUCCCGAGGUUUAAGCCCACUGGUGAUUUGAAGACGGGCUGGGUGCGGAAGCCGGCGCUUCAAAAUUAA